AUGAGUGGUAAUAACGACAAUAAACGCAAACAAAAGUCUAUUUUAGACUAUUUCAACAAAAGUGGGAACAAGUCGUUCAAAUCGGAUCCCAUAGUCAUCGACGACGACGAUGUCUGUGCGCACAAUGAGAACCACUCGGAGACAGUCGGCGGAAGUGGACACAAGUCUAAUGCAUUGGAUGUGUUGAGAGACGUGUCCAACGAAGAGUUCAUUGAUUUGAACCACUUCUUGGAAAUUGAUUUCACUGUCGAUGACAAACACACGACUGACUCAUCGGAGGACAUCACCACAUGUGAAGACAAUUAUAUGAAGGGAUCCUAUGUUUACCACAACUUCCGACAGAUGAUUGACUUUGUGUUGAGUGACAAAGACUUCUCCCAUCUGUUUGAUGCCAAUGACAUGAAUGUCAUCCAAUCAUUCACUUGUCUUUCAGGUUUGGCACAAAUGUUAUUAAUGAGACUUUUUAUGCGAAAAAAGCAUUGGAUCCGCAAGAGUGGUAUCAAAUACCCAGAAAUUGCAGAUAAUUUGCAUCCAAUCAUCAGAGAACUGGUCGACAAUAACUUCCUCUUCAAUGAGAUUCAAUUAACAAAUCUGAAGGAAGCGAUGGAUAUAUUGGACACAAUGGAGAUCAAGAAAAUCGGCCGUUCAUUGAAUGGUCUCAAUAUGAAUGGUUUGAACACUAAGAGGAAUAUAAUACCCGCUAUUCUCAAGUAUAUCAAUACGUGUCGAUCAGUCAUCAAAAGUGAUACCCAAUCGGAUGCAGUGAGCCAGGCACUUCUUAAAUCAAUUAGAUCUGUUUUGAGAGACAAGUGCUUUAAAGUGAAUGAAAGUCUUUGCGAACCGUUUGAGAGAAUGUUUUUGCUUUACUGUCAGCCGGACAUCAAUGAAGAGGAAUUGAACACUCAUUUCAAUUACGAAUUUUUCAAACAAAUGAAAGCCGAAAGCGGACAAGAAGUGUACACUAAAUAUUCAAUCAAUAGACAUGAAGUGAUUUAUAAAACUCGUGACCAAUUGGUCCGUUACAGCGAAGCCUUUAAAUUGGAAAUUGAAAUCUUGUCGGCAAUUGAAAAGAGGAAUUUCGAUGAAGUGGUGGACAGUUUGAUGAGGAAUUUGGAUGAAGUGGUGGACAGUUUGAUGGUAAGAGCGGAACAGAUAUAUAUGGAUGUGAUUAAAGACAAAGAAGAUCAAUGCGAUGCUCUCUUACCAACAUUUUUGCGUUCAUAUACUGGCGGCCAGUCAUACAUCCGGUGUCUCUCUCAUUGUGUCUCUGUUUUGGAACAGAAGAAGAAUUACGUGAAAGCCGUUUACAUAUUAAAAGAGAUUCUCUUAAAUCAAAUGAUUUAUUGCUGCGACCGAAGAGGCUAUUGGUUUGAAAGACUGGCUCUUGAUUUGGAUAAACACUUGAAAGACACUGAAUCUGCGAUAGUAGUGAUAGAAAAGGAUGGUGUGCACACAGAGGGUCGCGUCUACCACCAAAUACUUGUGCUCUUGUUUUGGGACAUUAUAUACAUGAGCGACGGACUUCCGACACACAAGAAGUGGUUUUCCGGAUCUAUUGGUUUGGAACACAUCUACUAA